AUGAAAUUCAAAGAUAUAUCUAGACUAUCAGCUGAUAAGUUCUUUAAUAAAAUACCUAAAAAUCCUGUUAUAGUAACUAAUUUAUUUACUCACCCGUGGCUAUCAGCCAGUCGGGGAUUACAAGACGAUUUCGAUUUAUUGAUAAGAGAUGAGUACACGGCUAAUUUGAUAGUGCCGAUAGAGAUACAACAGCCCGGUGUAGCGCUCUCCACAGACCAGAGGUUUGAAGUGCCAUUUGGCUUGUUCUACAAGUUAUUCAUACAGAAUGAGCAAAAAGACAAGAAAGGCUAUCUCGCCCAGUAUGAUCUGCUAUCGAAUAGCCCCUAUCUAUCUAAUUUGCUGCCUGUUAUACCACAUUUAAGAGAUCUUUACGCAAAAUCAAGCUCCUGGUUGGGUCCUGAGGGUACACUCACGCCAUUACAUAGAGACGCCAUCAGCGAUUCCAAUAUACUUUUACAGCUCGUAGGACAGAAAAGGGUGAAUAUCAUAGAUCCCAUGUACAGCAAUCUGUUAGAUCUACACCCGAGCAACUCGCCUUUACGCAAUUUUAGCAAGCAGUCAGCGGAAUAUCCUAAAGAAGGUGAUUUUAUAGUACACACAGCGAUAUUGGAACCAGAAGAGAAUCUUUCAGUGUAA